GCCGGCUGUUCCGGGAAACUAGCGCCUAUGAACUUUUGACGUUUGGCUGUUUUUUGAGUACUUCAUGCUGACUUUUUGGAACAAGAGUAGGUGGUUUACCAGUCCCAGAUGACCAGGCAGUUUCACAAGUAAACCCUCCAGGAAAUUUAGAAAUAACUAGGCCCAACGCAGGGGAAGUGGAGUGCAGCUGUUGCGCAAAAACGAUGUCUAGCGGCUCCAGUGAAGUUGAUGUGAAAAGAACACGAAUACCUGCUUAUGAUGAUGAUAACACUGUUCUUUAUGCCUAUGAACCACAUACUGCAUAUGUCAAUAAUCAGGGAACCGUUGUAUCUGACACAGCCUACAACGAAGACCAACAGAAAACAGUUCAGAACGUCCUCUCUCAUUGUCAGGUCAUCUACGAUGCUGUUCAAAACCUGGAUAAGAAAUUUGAUGUAAUUCACGGAAAAAUUUCAAAAAUCCACCGUUUACGUGUGAAAUCAUUAUGGCAAAGUCGCAAGCCACUUGGAUAUGCAUAUAGAAAUUAUAAUUACCUGCUGUUCAGAAAGAACAGAUAUCAGAAAAUGAGGAAAAAAGACACUUCUUCUAUAUUAUCUGACCCUAAAAGUUAUAGCCCAACUAUUCCGGUAGAAAGGCCAAACAGUGAUUCCCAGAGCAACUAUCUGGAAACAUCUUACCAGUUAGAUCCAGAGUCCCCAGACCGGGAUCCAGAGUUAAUCUUCCAGGAGCAGGAAUCGCGCCUGAACCGGAGUCCAUCGCUUCCUGCCAUCUUCGGUUCCCAGUCCUACCGGCCUUACUUCACGCCUGACCCCCCGCUGGAUGGCUCCUCCUUCAUGCCCUACUGCGACAGUCCAGGGUGCCGUGGCACCCACAGCAUCUUCUCACCUACCCGACCAUCCGUCCGACUGCCUGAGGACGUGCUGACACAAGCUGACCCCAGUCCACCGCAGAACCCUGAAAUGGCUUAUCCAAGUUCACUGGAAAAUCAGAGCUUCGGCUAUCCCGUCUCGCCUUUUUGCAACCCAGGCAACUUUGCUACAAGCUCACCAAUUGGAAAUAACCGAGGCAUCCCGAGAAACUUCCCUAAUGACCCUUCGACCUGGUCUGUGGAUGAAGUGAUCCAGUUUCUGAUACGGGAAGACCCUCAGACAGUCACCCCUAUCGCUGACGUCUUCAGGCAACAUGACAUUGAUGGGAAGGCACUGCUGCUCCUCAAGAGUGACAUGAUGCUGAAGUACAUGGGGCUGAAGCUGGGGACCGCCGUGAAGUUGUGUCACUACAUUGAUGGGCUUAGAGGCGAUAAAAACAUCGACGAUUUAAAAAAUUUUGUGUACCCUUAGCUUGGCCUUCAUUCAGGGGAGACCAGUGCCAUCUUGGGGUAAAACCAUUUUCCGGCCCUUUAGCAGUUGUUGUUGUAUAGAACGUUCUUUACAAACAUAUCAUAUUCAGGGCUCCAUUAGAGUCUAGUCUACUAUUUUAGAGACCAUUUAACAUGUUACUAUUGGCAUAUUCAAAUUGGUGGUUGGUUCUUUACAUCUUUUAUUAUUUUCAUUGAGAGUUUACAAAUGUACUUCAUGUAGGAAGUAGAGAAACACCUCUAAUUUCUGUUCAUCUAUUUCUAUAGAACCAAAAUAGCUGAAUCCCAAAGAGAAAAUAUCAGGGACUCACAAGUUCUCUAAUAAAAUCCAUGAGUCUUCCUUACAGGAAAACUUAAAACACGCAGCUAUAGAGAUCAUCUUUCUAAAACAUUUUAUGUUUAUACUGCAAGGUUCUGUUUAUGUUCUGCCAGCUUCCCCAAAGGGAAAGCCAUAGAAAUUAUUUUUCUUUCUAUUAUUAUUUCUAUAUCUGUUAUAUUUGUUCCUAUUUAAAGAAAAAAAAGACAACCUUAUAAGCUGUCUUGAAAUAUUCUUACCUGUUUUUGGAUAAAUUAUAGAGUAGUCGUUUUAUGCAAAAGAUACUUUAAAACUUCCAUAUUUUGCCUAAGUUUGGACAUUUCACCACGCAUUCAUUGCUCACAUAUCUCUAUAAAGGUGUUUAUGUCCAGAUUUUGAAAAGAUGCAUAUUUUAGUCUGUGUUUAUUCCUCAAAAGGAUACUAUUUUAUAUUUAUAUUUUAUUCUAUAUAUGUAGUAUACACAAGUAAAUCUUUUUGAAUUUAAAAUAGCACUUUGUAGUUCCACAUAGGUAAAUAUUAACUAUAUUUAGUGAGAUGUGUUUAUGCUGUUAAAAAUAUCCACAUCAUUAGCCGUCGCUGAUACCUCUCAGCUUACUCAGGGUUUCCGUCCAGGAAAGUUCUCUGUCUUAUGCAGCAUUUCUAGUGAAUUUGCUCUCUGAGCCAUUUAGCCUACUAAACUCUAGAAGAUAUAGUAGUUCUGACUUGUUAUUUUGAACUGUAUUUUAAAAAUUAGAACUUUCAAGUGAAACAUGUUCAUUUUUAUUGGUUAUUUAUUGUAUAACAUUUGAUGUAAUAUUUAUAAGCUGUGAGAACUGGUGCUAAGUGUAUUAGCCAUUUGUUAUUAAAUGCCAAUAAAAUGUUCACCAGGGGCAAAAAUGUACAUUUUCCUUUCAGAAAACCAAAUGUGCUUUAUAAACAAAGGCAAUUAUUUACUGGGCAUCUGGGAUUUAAAAUGUGCUUUAUGUUUUUCAUUUUUCUUACUUCUUAUGAGACCAGAUUCUAUUUUAAACUUGAUCUUCUCUCAAAUUAUUUGUGUGAAGAUGCUGGUGCCCAGUUGAACAGUCCUCAGGCAUUUUGUUUUACAGUUUUCAGAUUUAAAAAUAAAGUUUAAA